AUGCGGUCUUUAUCCGUCCUGCCGGUGCUCUCGACACUUGCCCUACUUCUCAACUACUCGGUCCACACAGCCGCAACCCCGCUCGCAUUUGAACCAAACGUUCUCGAAGGAAACAGGCUUGAAAAGCGUUGUGCAAAUCCUUGUGGCUACAACGACUGGCUUUGCUGCGAGACCGGUCAAACGUGCAGUACCAACAGUGCCCAAGAGGCUGUCUGUGCAGAUGGCAGUGGUAGUGGCAGCAGUGGAGGCUAUCAAUAUUACACAACGACCUACGUGCUCACCAAUACCGACCUAACAACUAUUACCUCUGUGUGGAGCAGCCAGAUCGCUGCAGCUACAAGCACGGGCACAUGCAGAGUCGACCUCGGCGAGACAAAGUGUGGCUCGACUUGUUGCGAGGCUGCGCAAGAAUGUGAAGCAGGCCAAUGUGUCGCUGAGAGCUCUUCCAUUGUUGUGACCGCUACAGAAACAGGAUCAGGAUCAGAAGCCACGCCUGGCGUGCGAGGGACGAGCAAUGGGGCAAGCACCGUAACAGCAACCUCGGCCCCAACCACCACGGAGGGAUUCACAGCCCCGGUCGGAACAGAUGGGGCAGAUUUAAUCGGGGUCCAAGCUGCAAGCAGCGGCGGACUGAGUGGUGGCGCUAUCGCAGGUAUUGUCAUUGGCAGUAUCGUCGGUGCGUUCUUGUUGCUACUGCUCUGCGCCUGCGUCUGCUUUAAGGGCGUCUUGGAAGGCCUGCUUGCGGCACUCGGCAUCGGCAAGAAGCGCCGUAGACAGGAUACAACCUAUAUCGAAGAGCGACAUUCUCAUCAUUCGCAUGGCAGUCGGCCUCCUCCCCCUCCUCCUGCCGGCCGGCGAACGUGGUUCGGAGCCAGACCAGCCGCGGGAGGCAGUGAGGUUAGCGAAAAGAAAGACUCCAAAUGGGGCUUUGGAACAAUUGCCAUUAUCCUGGGUGCUCUUGCUUUGUGCUUGGGAUUGAAGAGGAAGAGAGAUAGAGAGCACGAUGACGACAAGACCGAGUCCUCCUACCCAAGUUCAUACUACUACUAUUCCGAUUAUUACUCGGGCACAGGGACCGAAGUUCUGACAGACGAACGAGGGAUACGCGACGGUCACGACGAUCGCGCACUCGCUCCGCCCGUCCAUGAUAACGUCUGA